UUUACAUAUUCUUCACAAAUACAAAUUUUCAUUUCUCAACUUAAUUAAUUUACUCUUGUUAUUUUGUUUUUUGUCGUAAAAAUGGUGCUAGCAAAAAUAGCUUCACAAUCCGAUGUCUCCAUUCACUCUACUUUCGCCUCUCGCUACGUUCGAGAGUCACUUCCAAGGUACAAGAUGCCGGAGAACUCGAUACCAAAGGAGGCGGCGUUUCAGAUCAUCAAUGAUGAGCUGAUGCUCGACGGAAAGCCGAGAUUGAACUUGGCGUCGUUUGUGACGACUUGGAUGGAGCCUGAAUGUGAUAAGCUUAUUAUGGAUGCUAUGAAUAAAAAUUAUGUUGACAUGGAUGAGUACCCUGUUACCACCGAGCUUCAGAACCGGUGCGUGAACAUGAUAGCCCAUCUGUUCAAUGCUCCAUUAGGAGAUUCGGAGGCCGCGGUCGGAGUCGGAACGGUAGGAUCAUCGGAGGCCAUAAUGCUUGCCGGCCUUGCUUUCAAGCGAAAAUGGCAGAACAAGCGCAAGGCUGAAGGAAAACCCUAUGACAACCCCAACAUUGUCACUGGUGCCAAUGUUCAGGUAUGCUGGGAAAAAUUUGCAAGGUAUUUUGAGGUAGAAUUGAAGGAAGUGAAGCUAAGGGAUGGUUACUAUGUGAUGGACCCUGUACAAGCUGCUGAAAUGGUUGAUGAAAACACUAUCUGUGUUGCUGCAAUUUUGGGCUCUACCCUUAAUGGAGAAUUUGAAGAUGUCAAACUUUUGAAUGAUUUGUUGGUUGAGAAGAACAAAAUCACUGGAUGGGAUACUCCAAUUCAUGUUGAUGCAGCAAGUGGUGGAUUUAUUGCACCAUUUUUGUGGCCAGAGCUUGAAUGGGAUUUCAGGCUUCCAUUGGUGAAAAGUAUAAAUGUGAGUGGCCAUAAAUAUGGACUUGUAUAUGCUGGUGUUGGAUGGGCUAUUUGGAGGAGCAAAGAUGACUUGCCUGAUGAACUUAUUUUUCAUAUUAAUUAUCUUGGAGCUGAUCAACCUACUUUCACUCUCAAUUUCUCCAAGGGUUCUAGCCAGAUCAUUGCUCAAUACUAUCAAUUGAUCCGUCUCGGCCACGAGGGAUACAGAAAUGUAAUGGAGAAUUGUCAUGAAAAUGCAAUGGUCCUGAGACAAGGACUAGAACAAACAGGGAAAUUCAACAUUGUCUCAAAAGAAAUUGGAGUUCCACUAGUAGCAUUUUCACUCAAAGACAAUACCCGACACAACGAAUUCGAAAUAGCCGAACAUCUCCGUCGUUUCGGCUGGAUCGUGCCCGCCUACACUAUGCCUGCAGAUGCACAGCAUGUCACCGUGCUUCGCGUCGUCAUCCGAGAAGAUUUCUCGCGCACUCUGGCCGAGCGCCUUGUGAUCGACAUCGUAAAAGUUUUGCACGAGCUCGAUACGCUGCCUGCACGAAUAAGCGCAAAAAUCUCGGUCACCGCUGCUGCUGCUGCUGAGCAGAAUGGGAAGAAUGGGGCAGUUGUGAUCAAGAAAACUGAAAUUGAAACACAGAGGGAAAUCACUACUUAUUGGAAAAAUUUUGUCUCUGCCAAGAAGAAUAACAAGAACACUAUAUGUUAAAGAGGGGCUCUCAAUAACAAUAAGGCUGCUUUGUUUAUUUAUGGUCCUAUAACCAUAAUCCAGAGUUUUUAAAUAAUUCAUUUUAAAUUUUGCAUUUUUUUUCAAUUAUUUGGUCUUAAUUUUGUCCAUGUGAGAGUCUUGUUUGUAACUUUCUACACUAAUUUAAUUUUUAUUCUUUUUCA